AUUUAAGCAGCAAAUCUAGAGAGAAUCUUGAAUGAAAUAUUGAAAAAUAGACAAUUUUAACCAAAAAUUCUAAUUUUAUCAAUUAAAAUUAUCUCUUGAUGUGUCUUCUUUAAUCGUUUAAGAAAAAAGAUUAAAUAAUCUACACAAAAUACCAUGAAUCAACCCUAAAUUAUAAUGUUGCACUUUAAUACAUAAUCAAUAAGUUAAACCGAUGUCGUAAACAUAACCUGAAAAGUAAAGAAUUUCGUGUGGUUUUUUCUAUGGAUCGAAAAAAAAUGUUCCAAAAAAAUUUCAACAAACAAAUAAAAUUAACACUAAUUAGGAAUUCCACACAUGAAUAACGAGUUCAAACCCCUCUCCAUUUGAUACAUGCAUAAAUAGAAAAGGUGCUACACGAAUCAACCAAAAAAAAAAAAAACUAGCAAAAACUAUGCUCAAAGCAAUUCUUCCAGCUAGAUGGGAUGGACGAAUUCUUCCAUUUCGGAUGUCAACUUCACAAAAGAUUGUCGUUGUCUCCCUGACAGCCGGAGUUGCACUUUUAGGUGUGCUGGCCCGGUACUUGCGCCGUAGAAAAUCGCCUCGCCCACCCAGGCGACCGCGCAAACAUGGUGGCCGUCGCACACGAAACAGCAUGCGUAGUCCAAAUGAUCUUAUGUCGGUGGCUGGAUCCAAAGCAUCAGCUCGCUCCGGCAGUCCUGUAGGUUCGACUGUAGCUUUCUCCGAUCGUAUGUCGCUAGCCUCUGGUUCUAUCGAUUCAGCAGCUAUUGCUAACCAACAACUAACAGCCCAACAACUUGGUGUUAUGGGUAUGGAGGCCUUGGACACAGUUAUAAAUCACUGGGAGGAUGCUCUGGCAGCGCACUAUUCCCCCGGUGGCAUUCCGGCUGCAUUGACCACCACAGAGGAAUCGGAAUUCUGUCGAGAAAUACAAAAUCUGCUAGACAUGGCUUAUACGCUACAAGAUCAAAGUGAAUUACUAUUCCUCGAUCAAAGAUCGGUGCUAUUCCGUGAUGAGGCAGCAAUUGAAGAGGAAGACGAAGAAACACAAUUAGUUACAGCACGUAGUCGAAAAUCGACAAUGAGCAGGACAGGUUCUGAUCCUAAUUUCGAUUCGGCUGAAAGUUUCGCCUCGGCACUGGAUCAAGUUGCCGACUUGAGAGAAUUCGAAGAGUUUACCGAAGCAUUUGCCGAAUUUGAACAGUAUCCGUUGUUCCAGAAUGCGCUUAAGCAAUCUGAAGAACAGCCAAUUCCUUGCCGCUGUGUAAGGACCGAGUUAGUGCAUUGUGCCACUGAUUCAGAGUACUUGGCUAAGUUGCACUGUAUUCGACUAGCUUUCCAAUAUCUAUUUAAGGAUCCCAAAGUGGGACAAUGGGUUGCCGAUACUGGCCGCCAAAUCCUUACAGAUCUUCUCUGUCUAGGUGAUAAGGAUACAAAAGACUUUCUAGUUGGCUAUGAAGAUAUGAUCCAUUACCUGCAGGAUGAAAAUAAUUGGGAUUACAUCGAAAAAGAACUAGAAGCUCGAAACGUUAAAGCAAUGACCUUUUACGAUAUAUGUAUAGAUUACAUAAUUCUGGACGCCUUUCGUGAUUUGGAUGCACCUCCAGCAAGUGUAACAGCUGUGGUACAAAAUCGUUUCCUUUCCAAUGGAUUCAAAGAGACUGCUCUAACCACAGCAGUGUGGUCAGUUUUAAAAGCCAAAAGACGAAUGCUUAAAUUUCCAAAUGGCUUUAUGUCACACUUUUAUGUAAUAUCAGAACAACUUUCGCCUUUGAUGGCGUGGGGCUUCUUCGGACCCGAUGAAAAUCUGCGAAACAUUUGCCAUUACUUCCGAGAGGAAAUACUUGGAUUUUUAACUGAUAUAUUCAACUUCCAGAAUAGUCGUUAUACAACUGUCGAAGAGCUUGCAGAUGAUAUUAUGAAACACAUGAGAACGCGAGUUGAUAAUAUUGGAGUCAAAUUUUGCCAAUAGGCAAAUUGAGUGACAAUU